ACAAUUUUGUGUUUAAAAUAAUAUUUCGAUACCACGUGGUUUAAAGAAACAAAUAAAAAAAAGACAAACAUGAAUUUAACAUCAAAUAGAAGAUGGUUUUGUGCAGUGAUGUUAGGAUGUCUAAUAUUGUUGUCAUUUUAUCAGUGGGAUUUUACCGGCAGUGCUUUACAUGUAGACAUAAUGUCUGAUUAUACUUCAAUGAACAAUGAUGUCCAAAAUGGUAUGAAAUACAUUUUGCUAUGGACGAAUCCGGAUACGGGACCAUUAGUAUAUUGGGGCCCAGGGCAACACGAGUAUGUUAACCGAAAGUGUAAAAUCAACAAUUGCUACGUGACAGCAAAUAGAUCCCUUUUACCGAGCACCUCACAAUUUGACGCAGUUGUAUUCGGUUCUAUGGAUAUGUGGAAGUAUAUACCCGGCCCGACAGAACGGAGUCCGCAUCAAAAAUAUAUAUUCGUUAGUUUAGAAUCCUCGCGUUACUACCCGAUUUGUGACCAGAGAUAUGAUGGGUAUUUCAAUUGGACUUGGACUUACAGGCUAGAUUCUGAUGAGCCUUAUGGAUACAUAACUAUUAGAAAUAUCACGGGUGACAUCAUUGGUCCUAAACAAAUAAUGCAUUGGAUGGAAGUGGAUUCAAUGAAACCGAUUAAUGAAAGAACGAAAAAUAAGUUGAAGAAGAAAAACAAAACUGCUGCCUGGUUUGUAUCAAAUUGUAAAAGUUUAAGUAAAAGAGAACAAUUUGUCGAUAAGCUGCAAACUGAAUUAGAUAACUAUGGUUUGGAAAUAGAUAUUUUCGGAGUAUGUGAGGCUUCAAAACAAUGUCCGAGGUCAAAAAUGAAAGAAUGCUUAAAACUGAUUCAAGAGGAGUACUAUUUUUAUCUCUCUCUUGAGAAUUCGUUUGGUGAAGAUUACGUGACUGAGAAAUUGCUUACGGCGCUUCAAAAUUACGCAGUGCCAAUAGUUUUCGGAGGCGCUAACUAUACACGAUUUAUGCCAGAUGGUAUUUACCUGCAUGGUGGUAAACUAUCCGUGUCUGAUUUGGCGAAAGAAAUGAACGAUAUUAUAAAAGACAGACAUAGAUACUACAGUUUCUUCAAAUGGCGAAAUCAUUACACCUACCACUAUAGAGAGGAAUCUCCCGAUUCUGACGACCAGUGCAUAAUGUGCGAAAUGCUUCACGACGAAAAUCUUAUGCAGACUAAAACUGUGUAUACGAACUUUAGAGAAUGGUGGAACCCUCCAGAAGAAUGUUCUUAUACAGAAGAUACGAGUACAAGGUGACUCAAUUCGACGACCCGUCUGAGAGAGAGAGAGAGAGAGAGAGAAAUGUAUUUAUUAUGUAUAAUUUUCGUUACAAUUUAUGUCCGCAUUGCGGGUGUGGAUGAAAUUACAUAUGUCUUAAAGAUCUAGUAAUUUUAUUUAUGUGUAUAUUAUUAAUGAUAAGUUAUGGAUGAAUGUAUAGAAUUCACUCAUAACAAGGGAGCUCAAGGAGGCUCUAGUCGCUUACUAACAAACUUUUUCCUCUUGGGCUUAUUUAUAUAGGGCACUUCACCGAUUCUUGUGCUAAGCAACAUUGGGUUGAAUUGGCCAUGCCUUGUGUAUGCUUGACCUGGAGUAUCUAACCCUUGAAUGCGCAGCUUAUCCAGUUUCUGUAUCAUGUCAUGGUGUAGAUCAUGUAUUCUUAUGUGCCAUGGGUCUUCGUCAAGCAUUUCCCAUAGGGUAGACGUCGAUAGUGAUCUAGGAAAAUUGCCAGCCGACUUUAAUGCCAUUCUAUAUUGACGCUCAAUCGACUGAAGAUUCGUCUUGCUAAUUCUAGGAAGUAAUUGUACUAUACCGUAAUCAAUGAUAGGUAGUUUUAUCUACAUUGCACUGUAAACCCCAUCG